UUCUUCAUUCGCGAGUGACCUCUUUUCGGAGCUACAAGUUAAUUUAGGAUCCAUCAUGUUGCGGAACGUAGUGAAAGUGAGCUCCGUUGGUGGAUAUCCAGCGGUCAGAGCCAGUUCCGUUCGGUUCCGCAGCACGCAGGUCCAGCCUCAGCCAGUUGCUACAGCUGACGGUAGAGAGCCGGAAUGGGACAGUGCGCUGCCAUACAGUAAGGUGCCCGGUCCGAGUGUGUUGAAGAUGGUGAAGGAUUUUGCUCCGGGAGGUCGGUACCACAAUGCCAAUAUUCAGAAAAUGCAUCGACUCUUUCGAGAGGACUAUGGCGAUCUUGUGCGUAUGCCAGGAAUCCUCGGGAGAAGGGAUGUCCUCUUGAGUUUCCGACCGGAUGAUUUUGAGAUGCUUUUUCGAAACGAAGGCCAGUGGCCCAUUCGACGUGGUAUCGAUACGUUCGUCUACUACCGGAAGCACGUUCGUCCGGAUGUGUUCAAGGGGCUCGGUGGAUUGGUUACAGAACAAGGAGAAAGCUGGCAAAAGUUCCGAACCACUGUAAACCCAGUGAUGAUGCAACCCAAAAUUAUUAAACUGUACGUGGACAAAUUGGAUGACGUUGCACGUGAAUUCAUGAAAAUAAUGGUGAAAAUUCGAGAUGACCAGAGCGAACUUCCGGCGGAUUUCAGUCAAUGGUUGAAUCGAUGGGCACUGGAAACGAUGGGUGUUCUGGCUCUGGACACCAGAUUGGGAGUUCUCGAAGAUGCUCAAUCCGUGGAAGCGAAAUUGAUUGUCAAGAAGAUUCGGCAGUUCUUCGAAUUGACAUACCAGCUGGAUGUUCUACCGUCCGUUUGGAAGUACUACAAGACGCCAACUUUCAAAAAACUAAUGAACGUUCUCGAUGAUUUGACAAACAUUGUGAUGGCCAAAGUAGAUGAAGCAGUGGUUAGAUUGGAGAAGAACCCAUCGGCUGAUAGUGAUACACAGAGCGUGCUUGAGAAACUGUUGAAGGUUAAUCGUGAAGUUGCCAUUGUUAUGGCAUUUGACAUGUUACUCGCUGGAGUUGAUACGACCUCUUCUGGGACCACGGGAAUUCUGUACCUUCUAGCCACGAAUAAAGACAAACAGGCCAAACUGCGCGAAGAACUGCGAACGAUCUUACCGAAGAAAGAUUCUCCGCUGACACCGGAAAACAUGCGUAAUCUACCGUACUUGCGUGCCUGUAUCAAAGAAGGCCUUCGGUUGUGUCCACCAACUGCCGGAAACGUACGAGCCGCCGGAAAAGAUCUCGUACUGCAAGGUUAUCAGAUUCCAAAAGGGACGGACGUAGCAAUGGCUUCCAUGAUCCUUAUGCAAGAAAAUCAAUUUGUGGACCGAGCGAAGGAGUUCCUACCGGAACGAUGGCUCAAGGAAGACGGCUAUCCGAAUGCCAAGGAUGCUCAUCCGUUCUUGUAUCUGCCGUUUGGAUUCGGAUCUCGAACAUGCAUUGGCCGACGGCUGGCCAUGUUGGAGAUGGAGAUGAUCGUCUCCCGUAUUACUAGGCAGUUUGAUUACCGAUGGAACUACGGAGAGCUGGAAAUCCGAGCAACAUUGAUCAACGUUCCCGUCAAUGACCUCAAGUUCCAGAUGACGGAGGUGGAAGAUUAGGUGCAUUUUUUGCAGAAAGAUAACGAUAAGGUUGUUUUUAAGGUGCUGGAAUAAAUACUGUUUGCAUUAGUUUU